GGGAAAACUAGAGUGCACUAUUACUAGCUUAUUUAUUUGGUCAGACCUACUACUGCUCUGUUUUUAGACAGAUUAAGUUUGCUUAUCUGCGCAGAAAAUGAGUAAGACUGCUCAGUGAGUAAAUCUUUUUCUGUUGAAGGUUAACGGGGUAGAAAAGUUGCCACUGCUGGGUGGUGUGAGGUGAAGAAGAAACAUGAAGAGCAGUAAGAGUAAGACAUGUAAAGCUCUCUCCUCAGAGCAGGAGUGUGGAGUUUGGCUGGACGCUGAUGAACUAAGGGCGAAGAAACAGAGAAAACUGGCACGACCGAUAUCUAAACUCCUGAAUCCACUGGCUCGGUCCGGAGGCUACAGCAUGGCAGUGGCUCUGAAUUUUACGCAAACCAAGAUGGAAAUGCCUGUGACGAAACAGAGCACCAUCUCCUCAUUCUUUCUUCCACAGAGUAAAAAGAGAAAAGAUGCAGAUGACCGCAGCUCUUCAUGACCAUCAGGAACGUCUUCUACUCCCCUUCCUCAGUGGUGUAUAAAUUUGAGCAAAAAUCCACAGGAAUUUUGUGCAUUCCAUUUGGUCAGAGGUGUCUCGAUUAUUGCAAUCCUUUAAACAGUACAUCAAUUUCUCUUGUCCUUCCGUAUGCUCCAGGUUAAAAAAGAAAGAAGUGGAAGCAUCUAUGUCCUUCAUUGUUAAGAACCAACUUCUUACAAGAGCUUGUUCCACUCAUUCUUUUAGAAUCGAGCUGAGCAAGUUAGAUCUUUGAGGUUUACAGAGUCCUUUUUAUUGAUACUUUGUUCUAUGCCAAUAAUUUCUCUUUCAAGACAUUCCAAUGACUUUUUUUAUACAGAACAUAGAAUAUGAUGAAAUUGCUGACAGAAAUGUCUUAUUUGUACCUUCCCUGUUUCCCACCAUUGAAUAUAGUUUUCAUAAUAAUUCUGCUUGCUCCUCCAUGAGUCCCAAAUAGCUUAAAAGUUUCAUAAAAACUUCUAUCUUCUAGUAAUUUAACAUUGAAAUGCCAAUGACAACUCUUAUGCGUUUUUUUUGUAGGGUACACUCCAAGGUAACUAGUUUAUGAUCAGACAUUGAAGUGGGGAAGAUUUUUGACUUUAAGACUCUAUUCCUCACAUUGCGUGAUACAUAUAAUCUAUCCAGCCAUGCAGCAGAGAUCUUCUCGUUACUGAUCUUUACCCACGUACACUGACGUGUGAUCAGGUUAUGUUCUCUCCAUACAUCAGAUAAGUCUAGAUUUUUAAUAACAUUGGUUAAACACUUGCAUGGGGUUUCACACUGUUUCUACACUGUGUAAAAUCCAGAGUACAAUUAAAACCUCCCACUAGGAUG